AUGUUCAAUAGGCAAGAACCAUUCGUCUCCCAGCUCAGGGACAAGUUACACUAUUCACAGCCCUGUGUAAGGUUCAAUGUAAGAGAGACCAGAACCAUUCAUCUCCCAGCUCAGGGACCAGCUACACUAUUCACAGCCCUGUGUAAUGUUCUAUAUAAGAGAGGUAAGGGACCAGCUACACUAUUCACAGCCCUGUGUAAUGUUCUAUAUAAGAGAGGUAAGGGACCAGCUACACUAUUCACAGCCCUGUGUAAUGUUCUAUAUAAGAGAGGUAAGAGACCAGCUACACUAUUCACAGCCCUGUGUAAUGUUCUAUAUAAGAGAGGUAAGGGACCAGCUACACUAUUCACAGCCCUGUGUAAUGUUCUAUAUAAGAGAGGUAAGGGACCAGCUACACUAUUCACAGCCCUGUGUAAUGUUCUAUAUAAGAGAGGUAAGGGACCAGCUACACUAUUCACAGCCCUGUGUAAUGUUCUAUAUAAGAGAGGUAAGGGACCAGCUACACUAUUCACAGCCCUGUGUAAUGUUCUAUAUAAGAGAGGUAAGGGACCAGCCACACUAUUCACAGCCCUGUGUAAUGUUCUAUAUAAGAGAGGUAAGGGACCAGCCACACUAUUCACAGCCCUGUGUAAUGUUCUAUAUAAGAGAGGUAAGAGACCAGCUACACUAUUCACAGCCCUGUGUAAUGUUCUAUAUAAGAGAGGUAAGGGACCAGCUACACUAUUCACAGCCCUGUGUAAUGUUCUAUAUAAGAGAGGUAAGGGACCAGCUCAGGGACCAGCUACACUAUUCACAGCCCUGUGUAAUGUUCUAUAUAAGAGAGGUAAGGGACCAGCUCAGAGACCAGCUACACUAUUCACAGCCCUGUGUAAUGUUCUAUAUAAGAGAGAGGUAAGGGACCAGCUACACUAUUCACAGCCCUGUGUAAUGUUCUAUAUAAAAGAGAGGUAAGGGACCAGCCACACUAUUCACAGCCCUGUGUAAUGUUCAAUGUAAUUACAUUGCUGGACUUUAUGAAACGUAAUGUUUUUGUAUUGGUUUAAAAAUGUACAAAUUAAAGAAAAUGUAUGGUUUAAACAUGUUAAUGUUUGUUUUAGCUGUUAGUGAUAAUUCCCUAAGUUUACACAAUUAAGCCUUUAUGAAUGACCGAAGGUGUCUCACUUUAAAUUAAGUAGAGUAUCAUGUGAUAGUCUUUAUAGAUCUUAUGAAUGACCGAAGGUGUCUCACUUUAAAUUAAGUAGAGUAUCAUGUGAUAGUCUUUAUAGAUCUUAUGAAUUACCGAAGGUGUCUCACUUUAAAUUAAGUAGAGUAUCAUGUGAUAGUCUUUAUAGAUCUUAUGAAUGACCGAAGGUGUCUCACUUUAAAUUAAGUAGAGUAUCAUGUGAUAGUCUUUAUAGAUCUUAUGAAUGACCGAAGGUGUCUGAUAUUAAAUUAAGUAGAGCAUCAUGUGAUAGUCUUUAUAGAUCUUAUGAAUGACCGAAGGUGUCUCACUUUAAAUUAAGUAGAGCAUCAUGUGAUAGUCUUUAUAGAUCUUAUGAAUGACCGAAGGUGUCUGAUAUUAAAUUAAGUAGAGCAUCAUGUGAUAGUCUUUAUAGAUCUUAUGAAUGACCGAAGGUGUCUCACUUUAAAUUAAGUAGAGCAUCAUGUGAUAGUCUUUAUAGAUCUUAUGAAUGACCGAAGGUGUCUCACUUUAAAUUAAGUAGAGCAUCAUGUGAUAGUCUUUAUAGAUCUUAUGAAUGACGGAAGGUGUCUGAUAUUAAAUUAAGUAUUACAGGACACGACAUAAAGUGUCAAAAGGUUAUUAACGUUCUGACGAUUUAUGAAGGUUCUCUGAGGAUCCACAGGUUACUGUAGGGUGUGACGGGUAUUUAAAUGGGUUGAAGGACCUGUGUGUGUGUGUGUGUGUGUGUGUGUGUGUGUGUCACAACCAAGAUGAUUUGGAGUAGUUCAACCUGAGGGCUUUCAUCAA